AUGGCGACGCGACGAGAUGAUAGCGACAAUGACGUCGAAAGCAACCAUGAAAUCGAGCGAACAGAGGAAUCACCUCUUCUACCCAAUACUUCACCAAUACAACAAGGCGCAUCAAAAGCCUUCCGCCGACGCGCCCUAGGCUUCUGCAUGCUGGCACUACUCAUGGUAGAAGUAAGCCAGUUCAUAAUGAACCCGCCAACCAAAAAGAUCAUCGAGGAUAUCAUUUGUCGCAAACACUAUCCAGACCAUGCCAUCAGAUCUUAUGAUAUAGAAGAUUUUCGAUGCAAGGAUAGUCCUGUGCAAGGGACGUUGGCUAUGGUGCAGGGUUGGCAGCAGGCUUUUGAGAUGGGAGUUCCGAUCUUGACGCAGUUUCCGUAUGGUAUUGUCGCGGAUAAAUAUGGUCGACGCCUUGUUCUUUUUCUGGCUAUGUUUGGUUGUUGUCUUUCUACGUGUUGGAUGUUGAUGGUUUUACACUUCCCCGACAUCUUCUCCAUCUGGGCCGUUUUAGGCGACAGUAUAUUCUUCCUCAUCGGAGGCGGAGGCCAAAUGGCCGUCGCAAUGGUCUACACCAUCGUAGCAGACGUGGUCCCCGUCGAAGAAAGAACAGACAUGUUCUUCCGUCUCGUCGCCCUAGUUCUAAUCUUCAACGUCAUCUUCAACCCCAUAUCCGCAUGGCUAUUGCAGUAUGAUCCUUGGUUAUCGAUGUGGAUCGGUUUUGGGUUCAUGGUCUUUGGAACGCUGUGUAUUCUUCUCAUUCCGGAGACCAUGCACCUCCGAAGAAAGGAUGAUGAACGACAUGAAAGUGAGCAGUUGGGUAAGAGUGGUGUUUUGAAGCAAGCUUGGUUUAGUAUCAAGAAUGAUAUGCAGCAUGUUUGGAGGUUUAUUUUUGCUUCCAAGAGCAUUAUGAUGCUUAUGUUUGCUGUUGCGCUGUUUUAUCCUACGAGGAUUACUCUUACGGGUCCGUUGCUGCAAUACAUGUCGAAGAGGUUUAACUGGUCUUGGUCAAAGGCUACAUAUAUAUCGACGAUUGGAAUCAUUGCUACGGUGGUAUGCUAUCUUAUCAUCCUACCCGUAACAUCCGAUUCUCUCAACAAAUCUCGUCGCUACAAGUCCCGUCCCAUCGCAAGAGAUCUACUCCUCUCGCGCAUCUCCAUCACAAUCAUGGCAGUCGGAUUAUUACUCAUGGGCAUAGCCGGAACACCAUGGCUAUUCGUCAUAUCUCUCAUCAUCGUCAGCAUCGGCAACUCAUUUGUCGCGCUCAGCAGAGCUUUGCUCAAUGCUUUAGUUGAACCUCAUACCAUCGCCACACUGAACACGACUGUGUCGCUCAUUGAAGUGAUGAUGGGUCUUACAGCACCAGCUAUGAGCUGGUUCUUGGCCAAGGGUAUAGAAAUGGGUGGAUCUUGGAUGGGAUUGCCGUUUGUUGUGGUUGGUUUGUUGGCGAUGGUUACGACUGGUAUGCUUUUUGCUGUUAAGCUGCCGUCGUCUGGUGUUGGUCAAGCUCAUGAUGGUUGA